ACAACACCUAGUAUGGCACUCGUUAAAUACCGUCUGUUCCCCCAGGGCGCUCGGCAUCUUCAGUACCAGUCCCACACGAUAUUGAUUAGCAAUGGCUGCGGAAAUCACGCCGCUAGGGCCAAUCCUAUCGCAAACACCGUCCAACCAAUCCUCGGCUGAUGAACCCCUCCCGCCAGCCAAUGAGAAAGCGACAAAAGGUGUGGACGACUUCGCGACUUCGAAUGAAGCCAUUGGAGAUAUUGAGAAGCGUCUACAUGACCUUCCACAAGAAUCUACGGAAAACAGACAGCAGCUACAGCGACAAUCCGAAUUAGUGGAGUUUGAGGGACCGAACGAUGCGGGGAACCCCAAGAACUGGACCACUAAAAGGAGAUGGGCGAUAACGCUGUCAAUGGGAUCUCUCGUGUUUACCGUCACUUUUGCAAGCUCAAUCUUUAGUGUCAAUAUUGGAGUGGUACAGGAGAAAUUCAACACGAGCACGGUAGUCGCCACCUUGGGCGUUGCACUUUUUGUGCUGGGCUUUGUCUUCGGUCCCAUUGUCUUUGGUCCCAUGUCAGAAGUUCUUGGCCGCCGCCCACCCCUCUUUAUCGGCUACAUCCUGUUUGCAAUCUUCCAAAUCCCCGUCGCAGUCGCUCAGAACGUCGCUACAAUAAUGGUCGGGCGCUUCCUCGGCGGUUUCUUUGCUGCAGCUCCUUUGUCAGUCGUUGGAGGUGCGCUAGCCGAUCUCUGGGAACCCAUACCUCGAGCAUAUGCGAUUUGCGUCUUUGCAGCGGGUGGAUUUGCAGGACCCGUGGCCGGACCAAUCGCAGGAGGAUUCAUCACGGAAUCACAUCUUGGAUGGCGAUGGACGUCAUGGAUUACACUCAUCAUGGCCGGCCUUUUUGGAUCAAUCGCGGCCCUGAUAAUUCCUGAGACGUCUCCAGCAAGGAUCCUGCAAAUCCGCGCGGCAAAGCUGCGAAAGGAGACGGGUAACCCAGCGUUCCACUCAAAAGCCGACGAGAAUAAGCUGACUACAUCUACGGUUGUCACCGUAUAUCUCGUUCGCCCGUUUAAGAUGUUCAUUCAAGAGCCGAUCUUGGCACUCGUGACAGCAUACAUGAGCUUUCUCUACGGGAUCGUUUAUCUGCUCUUUGAAGCGGCAAGUUCGCCCCAAUUUCUAGGCUUCGGAAAUUUUCAUGACACUAUCAUUCACAUAUCGUACCCUGUAUCCUUCCUGGAAGAACGUGGCUGGUCCCUUGGCGUCUCAACCCUCCCCUUCACAGCAUUCAUCGUCGGAAUCGCCCUCGGCGCCGCCAUGAUCGCCUACUCCACCGCCACCAACUUCACCCGUGCCUACAAUAAACAUGGAAAGUCCAUUCCUGAAGAACGUCUCCCGCCCAUGAUCGCCGGUGCCAUCGCACUUCCCAUCGGUCUAUUCUGGUUCGCAUGGACAUCCAACCCGCACAUCACCUGGGUACCUCAAGUCCUCUCCACGGCUCUAAUCGGUCUCGGUUGCAUGGUUCCGUUCUGGCAAGGGAUGUCGUAUCUGAUUGAUUGCUAUGGAUUUUAUAGUAAUAGUGCAAUUGCGGUGAACACGUUUAUUCGAUCACUGUUUGGUGCUUUUUUCCCGUUGUUCACACAUGCAAUGUAUCAGAAUCUUGGCGUACCGUGGGCAACGAGUUUAUUAGGGUUUUUAUGUGUGGGGUUUGCGCCCGUGCCGGCACUAUUUUAUAUUUAUGGGGCGAAGAUUAGGGAGAGGAGUAAGUGGGCGCCGACUGGGUAGAUGUGAAAGGGGUUUGUUUCGAUAUUUUUUCUGCCUUUUGACGAGCAUAUAGAUGGCGCUUUAGGGUACCGGGGGCUUGGAAAGUAGACUCAUAUUCUAACGCAGCAGGGGUGGAUCCCCAUUCC